AUUUGCAUCCUGCUCCUUGCUAUAAACUAAGCUAAUGGCGUGCGUGAGAGUUACAAUAGAGAUCAGUGGUGAGGAGGAUGGUUUUAUUUGUAACGAUUGCUAGCUCGUGUUAGCCAGUAACAGCAGCGCUGUUUCAUCAUUUUAAAAAGUGAUGUGACAAUUGCUUGUUCCUUUUGGAUCCAGUACAGGCUUUUUCAAAGAAGGCACCAUGGCCAACCUAGAGCAGUGGGUAAAUGACCGUCUGCAUGACAUCCUCGGACUGAGUGACAGAUAUGUGUCUCAAUUCAUGAUUGGCACUGCAAGGAGAUCAUCCACUGCGCAGGAUUUUGUGUAUCGUCUUGAGCAGACUGGCACAAUUGACAUUGACCAAAGCAUUAUUGCCUUUGCACAGGAGCUGUUUGACAAGGUUCCCCGCAAGCAGAUGACUGAGAAACCAUCCCGGAUAAUAGAACAGCAAGCAGUUGAAAUGGAGAGAAAGAAUCGGACAUACACUUUACUGGAGGACAGUGACAGUGACGGAGAUGCUGUGAGUGAGAACCAGAAAGGAAAGCAGAAAAGCCAGGACAAGAAAAGAAGAAACAAGAGGAAGCACAUUCGACAGAAGAAGGAGAGGGAGUCAUCAAGUGAAGAGGAGGUACCUUCAAGGGGUCAUGUAGGACAGGGUGACUGUAGCUCUGUCAAGGAAGAAGAAGAAGAGUGGGAAAAGGAAGAGAGAGAGCGACAGCAGGAUAUUGAAGAGCGAGAUGCAUUUGCCAAGAGAGUGAGGCAGAAAGACAAAGAUAAAACUCGCAAUAUUGCAGAAAGGACGGACAAGAAGGCUUAUGAAGAAGCCCAGAAGAGACUGAAGAUGGCUGAAGAUGAUCAGAGGAAUAUGUUGCCAGAGCUGAGGAAGCGCUCUCGUUGGGAUUACCUGAAAAAGAGAGAAGCAGAGAAGCUGGAAGACCUGGAGGCAGAGAUCAUUGACGAGGAACGCCUCUUCAUAACAGACGACUUGACAGAUAGAGAGAAAAAGGAUUUGGAAUACAAACGCACUCUACGUGACCUGGCUAAGGACUACAAGAAGGCUGGUGCCAAGGAAAUGGAAGAGAGGAAGAACAGAUAUUAUAUGCCAGAAGAGAAAAGAAGCAAGGAGGUGCCCCAGCAGGAUUUGGAGCUGGAUGAAAUUCCCAUGGAGAUGGGAGGGGAACAAGGUCGCUGGGAGGAGGAGAGGCUAAAGACGGCCUCUCUCAGCUUUGGAGCCAAGAAGGAACGAGAGCAAGGUAUGAAGAAACAGCAGGAGAAGUACCAACUGAUCCUGGAGGAGGAUGAGACGAUUGAGUUUGUCAGCACAGCCAUUACCAUGAAGGGAACCUUAACAGAAAAGGAGCAAGAUGCCUCAGCUCUUUCCCAAGCAGAGCUGAAGAAACAGUCCAUGCAGGAGGUCAGGCGCAGCCUGCCCAUUUUCCCAUACAGAGAGGACCUGUUAGCUGCUGUCCGUGAGCACCAGGUCCUCGUCGUUGAAGGGGAAACGGGAUCCGGAAAGACAACUCAGAUCCCACAGUACCUGUUUGAAGAUGGCUACACUAAUGGAGAAAAGAAGAUCGGCUGCACGCAACCUCGGAGAGUGGCAGCGAUGUCUGUGGCAGCCCGUGUGGCACAGGAAAUGAGUGUUAAGCUCGGCAAUGAGGUAGGCUACAGUAUUCGCUUUGAAGACUGCACUUCUGAGAGAACGAUACUCAAGUACAUGACUGAUGGCAUGCUUCGUGAGUUUCUCACUGAGCCUGACUUGGCCAGUUACAGUGUCAUAAUCAUUGAUGAAGCCCAUGAGCGAACGCUCCACACAGACAUCCUGUUUGGCCUGAUCAAGGACAGCAGAUUUAGACCUGACCUGAAGGUGCUGGUGGCCAGUGCUACUCUGGACACGGAACGCUUCUCCUUCUUCUUUGAUGAUGCUCCUGUCUUCAGGAUCCCUGGCCGAAGAUUUCCUGUUGACAUCUACUACACUAAAGCUCCAGAGGCAGACUACCUCGAGGCAUGUGUGGUCUCGGUGCUUCAGAUUCAUGUCACCCAGCCUCCUGGAGAUAUCCUGGUCUUUCUUACAGGACAGGUAACACUUUUAGGAGGAGAUGAGGCAUGUUGUGAGCUGCUGCAGGAGAGAUGCCGGCUUGGAUCUAAGAUUGCAGAAUUAUUAGUGCUGCCCAUUUAUGCCAAUUUGCCAUCCGACAUGCAGACAAAAAUCUUCAACCCCACUCCUCCUGGAGCUCGUAAGGUGGUGGUAGCGACUAAUAUAGCAGAAACCUCACUGACAAUUGAUGGCAUCAUCUACGUUAUUGACCCAGGCUUCUGCAAACAGAAGAGUUACAACGCCCGUACUGGGAUGGAGUCACUAUUGGUCACACCAUGUUCACGGGCUUCAGCCAACCAGAGAGCUGGUCGUGCCGGGAGAGUGGCUGCUGGGAAGUGCUUCAGACUGUACACGGCCUGGGCAUUUAAACAUGAGAUGGAAGAAACCACUGUGCCUGAAAUUCAGAGGACCAAUUUGGGAAAUGUAGUCCUUUUACUCAAGAGUCUGGGCAUCAAUGACCUCGUUCACUUUGACUUCAUGGAUCCUCCUCCUCACGAGACUUUGGUUUUAGCGCUGGAGCAGCUUUAUGCCCUUGGAGCCCUCAACCACUUAGGAGAGCUCACCAAGCUAGGACGCAGGAUGGCUGAGCUCCCGGCGGAUCCCAUGCUGAGCAAAAUGAUGCUCGCCUCUGAGCAGUUCAAGUGUUCAGAAGAAGUGCUUACAAUAGCUGCCAUGCUGUCUGUGAACAAUUCUAUUUUUUACCGACCCAAAGACAAAGUUGUCCAUGCUGACAACGCCCGGAUGAAUUUUGUGGUGCCAGGGGGAGACCAUCUGGUGUUGCUUAAUGUCUACACACAGUGGGUGGAGAGUGGAUACUCGACACAGUGGUGCUAUGAGAACUUUAUCCAGUUUCGUUCCAUGAGAAGAGCCCGGGAUGUCCGGGACCAGCUGGAGGGUCUGAUGGAUCGCAUUGAGGUGGAGGUGGUCAGCUGUCAAGGAGACUGUGUACCAAUUCGCAAGGCCGUGACGGCAGGGUAUUUUUAUCACACAGCACGUCUGAGCAAAGGUGGCUACAAGACAGUGAAACACCAGCAGACAGUCUUUGUCCACCCCAACAGCUCGCUGUUUGAGGCGCAGCCCCGCUGGCUCAUCUACCAUGAGCUGGUCCUUACCACCAAAGAGUACAUGAGACAGGUGAUUGAGAUACAGAGCAGCUGGCUGUUGGAAGUGGCUCCUCACUACUACAAGAGCAAAGAGCUGGAGGACAGCAGCAGCAAGAAGAUGCCCCGCAAGCAGGGCAAAACAAAGGAGGAACUGGGCUGAAGUGAAAACCC